AUUGUGAAUUUCUUUCUUUAGGAGAAACCCCAAUGAAGCAAGAUAACUCCUAUAGCUGUGUGAUAGAUGAGAUUGAUUUGGCUAACAUGGCUAAUGUCAACGUGUUUGAAUGGGUGGUUCAAGGCGAUUUUUCUGCACUGGAUUACCUGAGCAGGAAGAGUCCGACUCACCUAAGUUCUAAAGAUGAAAAUGGAGCACGACCGAUCCACUACGCUGCUGCUAGUGGACACGUGGACAUUAUUCGGCUUAUUGUAUCCAUGACAGGACCUGAGGAGCUGGAUGCUCAGGAUGCAGAAGGCCAAACUCCUCUACAUUUUGCUGUGGAGAAAAACCAGGAGUCAAGCUGCUCAGUGUUGCUAGACAUGGGCGCCAAUCCGAACACCCUAAACACAGCCAUGAUGGCACCGAUUCACUUGGCAAUCUGCAAAGAAUACAAUCCCCUAGUACAGGUUCUCCUGUCCUGCAGUCGGACCGAGGUGAAUCUGGAGGGAGAUUUGGGAAACACACCUGUGAUGCUUGCAUGCUCUUACAAUAACUGUGAAGCUCUUCACACACUUUUUAAAUAUGGAGCAAAGCUGUGUCAUCAGAACAAGCUGGGGCAUUUUGCGAUACACACAGUGGCUUUUUCUGGAGCUAAAGAAGCAAUGGAGGUGAUCCUGCAAAAAGGAGAGGACCUGGGCAUUUCCACCCUCACACACAUUAAUUAUUUGGAUAAAUCAAAGAGCAGCCCGCUUCAUCUAGCCGUACGAGGUGGAAAUACAGAAGUGAUCAAACUUUGCAUCGCUAAAGGUGCGAAAGUGGACCAGCAACAGUGUGACAAGUCCACAGCGCUGCACUUUGCCUGCACACAGGGAGCGAUGGAAGCUGUUAAAGCGAUGCUUCUUCCUUAUGACAAAAGAAUGGAUGAAAUCAUUAACAUUAGAGACGCAGCCAAUCAGGCGCCGUUACACAGAGCCACGUUAUUCGAUCACGUGGAACUGGCUAAAUAUCUCGUCUCCAAGGGAGCGGACAUCAAUUGCGUGGACUGUAAGGGCUUUACCCCUUUACUCCUGGCUACAACAAGCAGCGCAUGGAAAACUGUUUCAUUCUUACUAUCUAAAGAUGCAGAUUUUAGAAUUAAAGACCAAACUGGACGGAACUUCCUCCAUCUUGCCAUCUUCCAACCGAAAGGAUUGAAAAAUCUUCCUGAACAUAUCCUACAGAAUAAAGAAGUGUGGGAGCUGAUGAGCGAUGAGGACUUUGAAGGCUGCACUCCUCUACACUACGCCUGCAAACUCGGCAUCCACGACUCUGUUAAAAACAUGCUGGGGUUUGAAAUCUCCUUGGGACGCAAGUCGAAGGAGAAAAAAUCUGCGCUUCAUUUUGCUGCAGAAUACGGACGAAUAAACACGUGUCUCAGGCUUUUGGAGACGAUCAGAGACUCGCGUUUGCUAAACGAAGGAGAUGAGAAUGGACUGACGCCGCUCCACCUGGCCUCUAGAGGGGGCCACAUUAAGGUGGUGGAUCUGCUGCUCAGGAGGGGAGCACUGUUCCAGAGCGAUUAUAAAGGCUGGUCGUGUUUACAUCACGCUGCGGCUGAAGGAUACACGCAAACCAUGAACGUCCUUCUGGCAGCCAACGUCAAACUGCUGGAUAACACGGAUGAAGACGGGAACACAGCUUUGCACCUUGCCGCACGUGAAGGUCACGUCGCAGCUGUAAAGCUCUUGCUGAACCUAGGAGCUGAAAUCCUGCUCAAUAAUAAUCACGCCUCAUUCUUCCAUGAAGCUGUGCGCAGUGGGAAGAAAGAUGUCACUAACGCCGCUAUUGACAAUGAGAGGUUACCAGAAAUAAUAGCUAUGUUUAAACUGGGCUACACUAACUGCCCUGUGCUGGAUUUAAUCGAGGUUCUACCUGAAUCGACAAAGCAUCUUCUGGAUCUGUGUAUGACUGAAUCUGAGCAUGACCCAAACAGCAUUGACUAUCGUAUCACAUACAAUUUCCGGUGGCUUCAGGCUCCACUGAAUAUACAGAAAACACAAACGGACAAAGCUGUAUAUAUUCAGCCUCUCGCAGCUCUUAAUGCGAUGGUUCAGUACAACCGGCUUGAGCUGCUCACACACCCUGUGUGUCAGAAAUAUUUAGAGAUGAAAUGGAAAGCGUACGGAAGUAAAGCUCAUUUACUCAACCUUGCCGUGUAUCUGUUAGGCCUUUUACCCCUCACAUAUCUCGUCAUGAACUUGAAACCUACACAAAUUAGCACAACGAAUGGCACAACUUUCAUCAUGGAGAACAUGUCCUUCCACAAUCAAAGCUAUAUAAUUUCAGUGUCCAUGCUGAUGGUCCUCGUCAUGAACAUUUAUGCCAUUUGCAAAGAGGUGAUACAAAUGGCACAACAGCGAAUGAGUUACUUUUUGGACAGCUCAAACAUAUCGGAUUGGGCGACAGCCAUUUCCUCUAUUGCCUUUGUUACUCCGAUGUUCUUCGAUGUGAAAGGGACUCUGCCGUGGCAGGCUGGAGCUUUGGCGAUUUUAUUUGCUUGGAUCAACUUCCUUCUAUACUUCCAGAGGUUUGAGCGCUUUGGUAUUUAUGUUAUAAUGUUUGGAGAAAUCACAAAGACGCUUGUGAGUGUCCUCGUCCUUUUCAUCUUCCUGUUGCUGGCCUUUGGAUUGUCCUUCCAUGCACUGAUGCUUCAUCAGAACGAGUUCAACUCGAUUGGUCUAUCGUUGGCUCAGACGUUUGUAAUGACAGUUGGAGAGUUGAAUUAUGAGACUUCAUUUCAGGAAGCAUACCUUCAGGGACUUCUGCCUUUUCCUGCAGUCACCUACUACGUUUUUGUGCUCUUCAUUCUCCUCAUGCCAAUUCUUUUCAUGAACUUGAUGAUUGGUUUGGCUGUUGGGGACAUCGCUGAGGUUCAAAGGAACGCAGCACUGAAGAGGAUCGCAAUGCAGAUUGAUCUUCAUACCAAUCUGGAAGAGAAACUGCCAUAUUGGUUUAUGAACAGAGUGGACAAAGAUAGUGUCACUAUUUACCCAAACAAGAAGUGUGCCAAGUUUCAGGGAAUGUUGCAGCAAUUCAUUGGGAUGAAUAGUCCAGAAGGUGAACUGCGCACUCGUUUAGACACUCAGAUGGCAUACUCAAAUCCAUUAGAGCUAGAACUGAUGAAGCAGAAAGCCAGACUGAAGCAGAUUUCCUCAUCACUGGAGAAACAAGACAUGUUGUUGAAACUCAUCAUACAGAAAAUGGAGAUCACGACAGAGGCAGAUGAGAACGAUGGACCAGACGAUUUCCGCUCCAUCACCACUGCGAAAUUACAUAAAUCUCGCUGGGUUCCUUUGAUGCAAGCUCUUGGGGUCAAGAAGUCACAGUCGACAUGCUGAUGGCGGUGAAGAGCUCCUUGAAAUGUCAGAUGUUUCUAACACUAAAUGUCUACUGGUAGAAAUUUACAGUAAGGACUUUAGAUUAAAAAGGCAGUAAUUCACUAUAAAAUAUACUUUUCAUACGUUGUAGGAUUUAGGAUCAGGAAAUCUAUUUAGCAUUCAACAUUAAAUCAUUGAGUAGUCUCUAAAAUGACAUUUAAGAAAUAAAUAUUAAGUAGUCUUUUGGCUUUUCAUUUAAUUCUGAACCAAAAAGGAUGUAUUUUUAAGUAGAAACGAAGAGAUAUUGAAUUAUAGAAAUUCAUAGAGAAAACAUAUUAAUUAAUUCACCACAAAUACACAACAUUAACACUUAGUUCAUAUCGAAAUUUUAUUUGUCACAUACACAAUCAUACACAGCGAUGUGUAGCGAAAUGCUUUUCAUGACUGUCCUUGAUCUAAAAAUAUAAAAGUAACAAAUCACAAUAAACAGAGAAUAAAAAAUAAAGCACAGGUUAGGUACAAUUUAAGAAGAAAUACAUACAUUAAAAAUAGAGUCAGUAAAUCAAUAUGGUACAGUGAUGCAUGUGAAUAUAAGCAUAAUGUCAUAUAUAUUAUAUAUUGUUAAAGUGCAAAAUGUGCAAUCGUUUAACAGUCCGGCUGAGGAAGUGGGGGUUGUGGCAGUCCUGAAAAGUCCAGAAAGGGUCCAAGCUCUCAGUGUUCUCCUGGUUGAGGGCCAUAUUGUCAGAAGAAGAAAGAAGGUGCAAAAAGAGUCCAUUGUUGGACUGGCAUUAGCUUCCUUUAUAGUUGAUGGGGUUAGUAGAUGGGGAUGUGGUAGACUAGUGGUUAAGGUGUUGGGCUAUUGAUCAGAAGGUUGUGAGGUUAAAUCCCAGGUCCACCCUGCUGCUGAUGCUGGACCCAUGAGCAAGGCUUGGGUACUCUGAAUAAAGGCAUCUACCAAAUGCUGUAAAUUACAGGACUGAUGAAUCUACAGUAAGAAAUAGUUUGCCUCAUUAUGUGCCAAUUGACACAUAAUUGAUUGGGUUAUUGCAACAGGUGUCCGAUUUGCCAAUUGGAACAUAACAUGGUCAAACUUUCAACAUACAUUUUUAUAAUACUGUUUAAGAAUCAAUAAAUAUACUAGUUUAACCACAACCUGUAUUUUCAAGCUGAUGUGUCUAACAAGACUUUUAGCCAAAACAAUCUACAGACAUUUGCACAGUACUGUAUUUUAUUACUUUUUUCACCUAUACAAUGAGUUGUUUUUAAAUCUUCCACCAUAUUUGGUUCAUACAUUAAGUCAUUUGUUUCUAGAUAUACAGUAUACACCAAAAGUAUGUUACAUAACAAAAACUUGUUCAAAAACAGUGACACACAUUAGAAAUCUAGAGAAAGAAAUGAUAAAUUAUAACCAUCAAUUGCACUAUUAUUAGACCAUAGCAUUUAAUAGUGACAACAGUACAUCUUUAACUGAUCAUUUUAAUAUUUAUAGACCUGUUCUAUAUCUGGUUUUUUUUUUCUUUUCUUUCUGCAUCAUGUUUAAACCGUGUAUCAUAAGGUUGCAUAAGUUGUUUGAAUAAAUAUGACACGGCACUUUUGUCUUAUGUAUUUUUAAUUAGAAUCUAUAUAAUUACUCUAUGAUGUAGAUUUCAUUUACAGAGUGCAUAAUGGGUGUUAUCGAUAGCCAGUAAUAUUUCUCACCAGCUCACUUGUUACUAAUAAUAACAAGAAUAACAAGCAA